AUGUCCUUUUACAAAAAAGUAACCAGGGGUUUAGCCACACCUUUACAAGGAUCAAUAAACCUUUUCAGUGGCUCUCCCAAUGUCAGCGGCGACGAAGGCACAGAUGCAGAUAAUGAGAAUCCUGAACAUAGAACAACUUAUCAUUCCUUAUCGGGACGAGUGAAUCACGACGAUGACGACGAAGAUGUUGCCAAAUUAGAAGAUAUUGUUGGGUUUUUCACAGGGUUAUUGAAUACCACGACAGUUUGUGCUGGAUUGGGAAGUUUGAACAACUUGAAAAAGCAUUAUUUGGAUGAGUUUAUCAAAAAAAGUGCUUUGAAUCCAUUGAGACCACAAAAUUAUGGACCAGAAACGAGCAGUAAACUUAAUAAUAAUUCGAUUGAAGAAUUACUCAAUAAUGGUGACACAAGUUUGGAAAAAGUCCGAAAAAUGAGCCUCUAUGAUUUUGAUGAACACACUUCAGAUUCAGAAGAGGAAGAUUCAGCUGACAAAGAAGAGGAGCUGAUAGCAGAAAACUUGAAACCAGGGAAAAGUGGUAAAGCCAGGAAUCACCCUAGGGAUUCAAGAACCACAGCAACCUUAAUCACUACCCAAAUAACAAGAACAAAAACAGCAACAACAGCAACACCGACACCGACACCGACCAGUUCAGUCGAUACAGAUGUCACAGAUGUCACAGAACCCAUUGGUAAAGUCACCACAAAGAUCCCUGAAGAGCAAUUACAAGGUCUCAAUCCAUUACAGAAAUCCGUGGUGAAAAACUUGGACCCUCAUCACGUGAGAGAAGGAGUAUUGAUUAAGGUUAAAAAUUCAGAGACACCUUUGAAAAAUGAUCGUCAGGAACUACUCGAAAAGAUUCAGCUACGGUUAAAAAUUGCCGAUAAACUACAGAGAGUUUUUGAUUUAAGCGAUGAAGAUACGUUUUGUGGAAAUUACAGUGCUUGGUUGAUUAAGGAUGUAUUAUUACAAGGACAUGUUUAUCUCACAAAAGAUGCACUACUAUAUUUUGCCUUCCUACCCAAACGUUUUAGUCUAGAGAAUUCUUCAGAAGUAUUAGACGAGGAUAAUUCUUCUAGUAUUGUUUACUCAGGAAACUUGGGACUUAAAAGUGCAAAGUAUGGUGAAGUUGUCCUCAAUACGGUUCUUCAACACAGAUAUUGGGCUGUUCUAAGAGCUGAAACUUUGAGUAUCUAUUCAUCAUCGACCAAUUUGUAUUUCCCUGUAUUGGUAAUUGAUAUCAAGAAAUGCUUGUAUACCGAGAUUAUCGACAAGGAAAAGUUGAAUCGAGAAGCUAUUUCGCCAGUGAACCGUGGCACAUACAGUCCUAAUGGCGGAUUAUCAGGUACUGCAACUCCAAGAGCCUCUACUUUAGAAAACACAGCUUCAGAACUUAAUAGCAUGCUCUCCGGUGAUUCAUACAGUCCAACUGAAGACAAUGUCGAAACAACAGCAUCAACCGUCUGGUUCAAAUUAGUUACAAAAAAGAAAACUUACAAGUUCAGUUGCGAUAGCUCGUUUUCAGCCAGACAAUGGUGUAACAAUAUAACAAAAUUGAUUUUUCAACACAAUAACGCCAAUUCUAAUGGAGAGGUUUUAAUUAAGAUCCCGAUUUCUAAAAUAGCAGAAUACAACAAAAGAGCGUUGUUUAGCGAAGAGGAAGAAGAAGACAGGACUUUGGAUGUCACAAUGAACGACAUACCGUUAAAUGUAACAAUAAAAUACUUGGGCGAUAACGAUAACGAACGAAAGAGAGAUAAAUUGAAGAGAAAAUACAAAGGUGAGGAGCCUACAAUCGAGGAAGUCCACUUUUUAUUUCCCAAAAGUGGUGUUGAGUUUUUUGAAACUUUUGAUAAAUUAGUGAAUCCUGUUGUUCUGGACAAUGACAACCAAUCAUCAAAGUCUUCUAUCACAAGUACCAAUUUUUCGGAAAAAGCGAUAUCUACUUUGAGCAAAUCACCAAACCAUUUAGUGCAAACAGUGCUUGACUUCAACAAACCUGUUGAUGACGAUAUUUCAGCAUUUAAAAAGUUUGGGACUACAAUAACAUCGCCAACACGAAUUUUCAAAGCUACUAUCACGUCACCAGAAAUGACUAGCAUUGAUGAAACUAGUUUGAGAGAUAGCUUUGACAGUGAUCGUCUUCACCUUCCACGAGAUAUGUCUGAGAGAGCAUUGAAAAAUUUGGAAGUGUCAUUUGUGACUAGUCUUAAAAAAUUGGAGGACGCAUCAAAAAGGUACGAGAAGCCCCAUAUGGAACACAGUCAGACAAAUCUUGCUUCAAUAUUGUCUGACCCUUCGGAAGUGAAAAAAGAAUCGAAAACAGCUAUACUGAAGAGUAUCAAGGCUCUAUAUAGUGUUGGGACGCAUUGGUCAGCAACCCCAAAUCACUACUUUGAAUUGGGCAAAUAUUAUGUUAACAAAGUGCAGGAUAGAGACUCGUCUCAAAGAAAUUUCCAAUCUCAUUUUUCUACAAAUUCGAAAUUGCUUGCAUCCUAUUAUGGCCAUUUAUUGAGAACAGUUCCAGUAUAUGGUAAAAUAUACGUGUCUGAAACAGAUGUUUGCUUCAGAAGUUUAUUGCCUGGAGUAUCAACAAAGAUGGUAUUACCAAUGACUGAUAUCGAAGAAGUAAGAGCUUCACGGGGUUCAAGAUUGACAUAUCAUGGGUUGAGGCUUAUUGUACGAGGAAGUGAGGAAUUGGAUCUUGAAUUUGGCUCUUCCAAGUCAAGAGAUGAUUUUCAAAAAGUUGUUCUUAGUGUUUUAGAAAGAUUGCACUCGAAGGAAGGAUUUAGACCUGAACCAUAUCAAUGGGGUAGCAAUUUUGAAGUUGAGUUAUACAAGACAAGAAUGGAAUACAGUGAUUCUGAAAAUCGAGAAAUCCAACAAUAUGAUAAUCUGAUUGAUAUUAAAUUUGCAGAAAAGAAAAUUGAAAUGGCAAGAGUGAGAAUGUUUGAAGACAGACUAAUGGCUGCCUCGGGAUUGGACGUCCCCAUUAUUUUGGAAGAUUCACCUUUUUUCAAAACAGAAUUGCGGCCAUCUACUUCUUAUAAUAUCACGUUAUUGACUAUUGGUUCUCGAGGUGAUGUUCAACCAUAUAUUGCGUUGGGUAAGGGAUUGGUAAAAGAGGGUCAUAAUGUCACCAUUGCUACUCAUGCAGAAUUUGGAGACUGGAUAAAAACAUUUGGAUUAGGGUUCAAAGAAAUUGCUGGGGAUCCGGCCGAGUUGAUGUCUUUUAUGGUAACUCACAAUUCUAUGUCUGUGGGGUUUUUGAAGAAUGCCCAACAAAAGUUCAGGUCGUGGAUCUCAAAGUUAUUGACUACAAGCUGGGAGGCCUGUCAGGGUUCUGACAUUUUGAUUGAAAGUCCGUCGGCUAUGAGCGGGAUACAUAUUGCGGAAGCAUUGGGGAUACCUUAUUUUAGAGCGUUCACCAUGCCCUGGACAAGAACCAGAGCCUAUCCACAUGCAUUCUUUGUACCAGAACAAAAGAAAGGAGGCUCAUAUAAUUACUUAACUCAUGUAUUAUUUGAAAACAUAUUUUGGAAAGGUAUUUCCGGACAAGUAAAUAAAUGGAGAGUUGAGGAAUUAGAUUUGCCAAAGACCAAUUUAUACAGGUUGCAACAGACAAGGGUCCCCUUCUUGUAUAAUGUUUCACCCGCUAUAUUACCGCCAUCUGUUGAUUUUCCUGAUUGGAUUAAAGUAACUGGAUACUGGUUUUUAGAUGAAGGUUCUGGAGAUUACAAGCCACCUGAAGAACUUGUACAAUUUAUGAAAAAAGCAUCCCGUGACAAAAAGAAGAUUGUUUACAUUGGAUUUGGUUCUAUUGUAGUGAAAGAUGCAAAAUCCUUAACGAAAGCUGUGGUGUCUGCUGUGAGAAGAGCCGACGUUCGUUGUAUUUUAAACAAGGGUUGGUCUGAUCGAUUGGAUAAUAAAGAUAAAAAUGAAAUUGAAAUUGAGUUGCCACCGGAAAUUUACAAUUCUGGAACUAUACCUCAUGAUUGGUUGUUUCCGCGUAUUGAUGCUGCCGUGCAUCACGGAGGUUCAGGGACCACUGGUGCUACUAUGAGAGCCGGGAUACCAACCAUUAUUAAACCAUUUUUUGGGGAUCAGUUUUUCUAUGCAACAAGAAUUGAAGAUUUGGGUGCUGGUAUUGCCUUAAAGAAAUUGACAGCCAAAACUUUGGGAGAUGCUCUUGUAAAGGCAACACACGAUUUGAAAAUUAUAGAUAAAGCAAAGAGAGUUAGUCAACAAAUAAAACACGAACAUGGAGUACUUUCAGCUAUAGAAUCGAUUUAUUCAGAAUUAGAAUAUUCGAGAAACUUGAUAUUGAUCAAAGAUAUCCAUAAUCAAAAUUAUAAACGUCACCAUCCAGUACCAUCAGGUGUUCAAACUCCAGCUUAUGAUACCGAUAGCGAUGAUUAUGACGAUGACGAGGAUGAUGAUGAGUCUGACAAAGACGAUGAAGAAGAAGAAGAAGAAAAUUCUUAUGACGGUUAUGAUGGAAAUGGGGUCAAUAAUAGUCCUAGUCAAAAUUCCUCCAACUAG